AUGGAAUCACUAAAGCAGAGCCACCUCAAAGCAGUCAAACACAUUUUAAGGUACAUAAAAGGGACAACCAACUUUGGCCUAAUGUACAAGAAAGGUGGUGAUAAAAGGCUUAUUGGAUUCCGUGAUAGUAGCCAUGGAAUGGAAAUUGAUGGAAGAAAGGGUAUAACAGGAAUGAUCUUUUAUCUGUCAGAGUUUAUGGCAGCAACUGCAACAACAUCCCAAGCACUGUGGCUAAGGAGUCUCCUCAAAGAAUUGAUUGGUUGGAAGGAAGAAAGUGUCAGGAUGAAACAAAUUGAUGUGAAACACAUCAGUGUUGAGGAACAAAGAGCAUACCCCUUGACAAAAGCUUUGCCUAGACUCAAGUUCUUGGAGAUGAGAGAUCUGUUGGGAGUUAUAAGGCUUGAGGACAAAGCUCGGAAUUAA